AUGGUCUCCGAGACCGCAGGUCUCCUGGACCCCACCCAGACCUCCUCGCGGCUGCCACCCCUGCACUACAGGACCUUCGACUCGUCCCUCGCGGACAGCCACAAGAACGCCUUCACCCAGCGCUACAGCAGAUUCUCCCCGUCAACCGAGUCCCCAGACUCGCCCGAGCCCUGCUCCUCGUACUCCCCAGCAAACAGCCACGAGAUCUACGGUGCAUUGUCCUCGGAGAGUGACAAAAUCUACGUGAUGCCACCGCCAGACAUCACAUCCACCUACGAAAUAGCAAACAGCCACAGCAACUACGAGAUCUUCAACGAUCACUUCAACAUGUGCGAUGACAAUGAAAUCCCAGAGAUGACCCUCAACGAGCCAAAGAACAUUGGCAACAGUGACGAUAUGGACUCCAAACGUGUGAGGAUAAAUGACAGUGCCUAUGAUAUUGAGCAGUGCCUAAUGGAAAUUGAAGAGAGCCUAUUGAAUAUUGAGCAGAAUUUAAUUUAUGUACAGGAUCUUGAGAUUCCACAGCUCAACAAUCUGCUGCAAUCGACGAUUGACAAAAAAUGUGGUGAUGAAUGGCCUUCGUUUGUGUGUAAAUCUAAGAGUAUGGUAUUCAGUAAUGAACAGACAUCGGUGUCUAACGGUGACAGUGAUGAGGGUGAAAAUAUCAGUCUCAUUGCCAGCCUUGAUAAUCUUCCAACUAGACAAUGUGGUAAUAGGAAUAGUGAUAGCACUAGGAGUCUUAGGGAUACGAGACAUAGGUCUGUUAAUUUUAAUUCACAUGGUGAUGUGAGAAAGUGUGAGGAGGGGAGGAGGAACUUUCAUCGUAGGAGGAAAAAUUCGUUGGACGUGGAAGCGUUCAAGAGACGAAGGAAAACAUCACUAGAUCAUUGUUAUUUUUCUAAGAAUAAUGGGGGCAGUGGGGGGUAUAGAAAAGCUUCUUCUCAUGGUGCUUUGGAGAUGUUCGCUAAGGAGAAAAAGAGAAGAGUCAGUGGUGGUACGAGUAUUAAAUCAAAUGAUUGUAUUUUCAAUGAAAUUAAUGAGAGAGCUAGGGACUGUCGUCGAAAGUUUGAUAAUAUUUGUACAGCCAAGUCGGAUAAUACCGCGAAUCAUAUUGAUGUCAAGAUCGAUGAAUCAAUGGGGAAGAAGAAUUAUCCGAGAGUUAAUUCGUUGCCUAAUCCGGAUAAUGCACUUGUACCGGGCAAAUUGAUCUCUCUCUCGUUUUCACUUUUACUGGCAGCAUUGCUUCAGGCUGUCAGGUGCCUGGCUGAUCUCGUUGAGGACACUUUUCGAUCAGUUGCACUCGAUAAAUACGCUUUACAGGAUUAA